AUGACGAACAGGGGCCGUGCCAGGCUGGACGUUCCACUCGAAACGCCACAAAAUGACAACAAAAAUCCUCUCGUUCCUGAUAGCUUCAGAUCCUGGCAUGACUUCAAAGAUCCCAAUGACGUCUGUCUUGGGAAACAGACAAGGCCUUCGGUGACUUCUGAAGUUCGUUACAACAAGACCAUGUAUCUCUCGCCUCUGAAUACAUUCAACUCCGACACUCAAGAUCCGCUUCUCGAAAUACUUCGCGAUCAAACAGACUACCCAGGGUGGUACGUGUACAACCUGUCACAGUUCCUAGUGCCAGUACUCCCAGCAGAUGACGGAAUACAUCUGAUCCCUUCCCUCCCACCCACCUCAUCAUACACCUCACCAGUCUCUGGCGGUAUCUUCUCGCCAGGUGAAACCACAGUCUCUCCUGCGGGGUCAGAGGAGUCCACUAUGUCGGGAUCCACCGGAUGUCAGGUCACAGAAGUUGACGUAAGCGGCUAUAAUUACCCUCGCGCGCUUGAGCACCUCCCCUUGUGGGAAAUCGUUCUCAAAUGUGGCGUCGUCUCCGUUCUUCUCCUGUUGGCCAUCAUCGGCAACACUCUCGUCAUCAUCAUAGUAACCAUUUCCAAAAAGAUGAAGACAACGACGAACUAUUACAUCGUUAAUCUGGCCAUAGCGGACCUGCUUGUCGCCUGUUUCCCCAUGUGGGCCUAUGUGACGACAAACAUCACGGACGGCUAUAUCCUAGGAGCGUUUUUCUGCAAAUUCAACGCUUUUAUCCAAACAAGUGCAAUGUGCGCCAUCUCCUUCACCAUGAUGGCGAUUGCCGGCGACCGCUUCUUCGCCAUCGUGUUCCCCCUGAGGGCCCGCGUGACCCAGAGCAAGGUCAAGUUCGUCAUUGCUGUAGUGUGGCUGUGCGCCGUCAGCAUCGGCAUCCCGCCUCUGGUCUUCUACACCUACACGGAGAGGCGCUGGGCCAACUAUGUGGAGACGUUCUGUGCCGACAUCUGGCCCAUGAUCGAGCGGUCUGACGGGACAUGCGACAAAGGCCAGGUGUCUGAGCGUGUGUACUGGACAGUGAUUGUGGCCGUGCUCAACUGGAUCCCUAUGCUGAUGAUGAGCAUCAACUAUACCGUCAUCAUUCACCGGCUCCAGUUCUCGAGGGUGGCUCACAAUGGAAACGACAGCAUGUCGGCCGUGCAAAGACGAUCGGCCAGAAGAGUGAGCAUCGUAGCUUUUGUCUUCUUCUUCUUCUCGAUCACAUCACACUUGAAGUCUAGUAUCGGUCAUAAUUUGGGCUGUUCCGUUCAGUUCAUCUGA